UUUUUCCGUUACCGAAUUGCGGAGAGAAACUUGUGUGCAAUGGCCGGUGCCGCUACGAAGCUUACAACUGGCCUUACGGGGCUCCAGGUGGCAAAGCAUCCUCAGCAUAGUUUAAAGAUUUUGUAUGAGAAAAUCUUAAACACACUGCAAAAAAUGCCAGCAGAGGCUGCAUACAGAAAAAACACUCAGCAGAUUGUGGAGGACAGACUUGCCAUUGUAAAAUCUGCGAAGGAUGUCACUAGUAUUGAGACUAAAAUCAACUGUGGUCAGGCUGAAGAGCUGAUAGUUCAGGCGGAGAAUGAGCUAUCCUUGUCUCGUCAAAUGUUGAAAUGGAAACCUUGGGAGCCUCUUAUAUCAGAGAGCCCAAAGAACCAGUGGAAGUGGCCCAUGGUGUGAUGACAUGUCACACUAGAGUUGUUCAGUGGAUUCAGUUUCAUCUUCAGUCUGUUGUGUGGUUAUAGACUUGCUGACAUUGAAGAUACAUAGGUGAUUUGCCAUCAUCAAGCUACACAAGGAGAAAACAGUUGCUUGGAUGUGAUGUUUGUGGAUUAAAGCUGUUUAGCAGUGUGACAUUUUUCACUCUUUGAAGGGCUUACUUAGUACCUACCCUUCACUUGUACAGGUAACCUAGAAAAUUAAAAACGUAGAAAUCUUCAAUCAA